AUAUCCUGUCCCAGCAUGCCGUACGGCCUCACAGAGAGGCAUGUCCCAUGGGGCUGCCAACCCUCCAGGAUUGUCCUGGAGUCUCCAGGAAUAAAAGAUUAAUCUUUAAUUAAAGAUUAUGUCAUGUGAUGGAACCUCCAGGCAGACAUCCAACCAAAUUGGCAACCCUAAUAUCCCAGCAUGCUGUGUGGCCCUGCAGAGAGGAUUUCCAUAAGGCGGGAAUCCUUUGUUUGAUUCCCCCACCUCCCAGUGGAAACGUUCAGCAGUCCAGCCUCUGCCUAGGAGCAACCGAGACAGGUCACCGCUUGCAGGGAGCCGCCUGAGGGUUCGGUUGAGUGUUGAGGACGAUGGAGGCCACUUUGCCGGCAGUGGCAGAGGAGCUUUUGAAAGAGAUAAAAAAGGCUUUCCAGGAGACCUCGCAUGUUCCUGAUGAUCUCCUGCUGGCGCUGAAAUUUGUAUUUGGCUCAUCUGCUGUGGCGGCCUUGGAUUUGGUUGAUCAACACUCAGUCACGCGAAUCGUGUCUCCUAGUGGAAGGGCCGUGUACCAGGUCCUCGGGAGUUCAGGCAAACUGUACACCUGCUACGCCUCCUGCCACUUCUGCACGUGCCCUGCAUUUGCUUUCUCUGUGCUGCGGAAGAACGACAGCCUGGUGUGUAAGCACAUCCUUGCCAUGUACCUCAGCCAGGCCACAGGCGCAUGCCAAGAGCUAUCUGUCUCUGACCAGCAGCUGGCAAGCAUCUUACUGGCAGAGGAAGAGGAGGAAGGACCUGGGACCGUGUGCUAACACCCUCUCUCCUGCAAUGCCUCCCUGGCUCCUCUGAGGCCCUGAGUGACGCAUCCCAGAGCCCAACUCCACAUUGAGUGUUGUGUCUGUUGCCCCCCGCACUCCGGCCACCUGGCUCUGUCUCAUUUGCAAACGCGGCCUGUUCUCAUCUAACAUCGCUACCGGAAGGGCAUGCCCAAAGAAACGACACGGCGCAAGGUUAGGUUGUUUUCAGUGGUAAAUUUAAGUAUUCGUUCUGUAUGUAAAUAACAAAGUUACUGUAACUACAAA